ACUCAGUACAUCAGGAGAUCCAAGAGUAUCUGCAGUCAGAGAACAGAUCAGAGAAGAAACUCACUAAGACUCAUUGCUCGGCUCUUGCCUACAUGCUGCAGAUGUCAGACAAGGUUCUAGAUAUGUUGGAUCUGAAGAAGUACAACACGUCAGGUGAUGGAAGACGGAGAUUGCUCCCAGCUGUCAGAAACUGCAGAGAUGCUCGACUCUCUGGCUGUGGACUCUCUGAGCAGCAUUGUAAAGUUCUGUCCUCAGCUCUGAUGUCAAACCCCUCUCAUCUACGAGGGUUGGAUCUGAGUGAAAAUGACUAUCUGCUGGAUUCAGGAGUGAAGCUCCUGUCUGUGGGUUUGCAGAGUCCAAACUGCAGACUGGAGAUACUAAGACUGAAAAACUGCAGUUUGUCAGAAGGUUGUGAUUCUCUGGCGUCAGCCCUGAAGUCCCCCUCAUCUCAACUGAGAGAGCUGGACCUAAGUAACAACAACUAUCUGAAGGAUUCAGGGGUGGAGAUUCUCUCUGCUGGACUGGAGAGUCCUCACUGUAGACUGGAGACUCUGAGAUUAAGUUGCUGCAGACUGUCAGAGAGCUGCUGUGCACAUCUGGCCUCAGCUAUCAAGUCAACCGUCCAUGUGAGAGAACUAGACCUAAGUAAGAACAAACUGAAAGAUUUGGGAGUAAAUCGACUUUGUGCUGCACUGGGGAAUCCUCAAUGCCAACUAAAGACUCUGAGGCUCGAUAGAUGUGGACUGACAGAGAACUGCUGUACUGCUCUGGCCUCAACUCUCAAGUCCAACCCUAGCCUGAGAGAGUUGGAACUGAGUAGUAAUGACCUGCAGGAUGCAGGAGUGAAGUUGCUGUGUACAGGACUGGAGAGUCCACACUGCAGACUGGAAGCUCUGAGAUUGAGAUCCUGCUGGUUGUCAGAGAGUUGCUGUGCUUCUCUGGCGUCAGCUUUGAUGUCAAACCCCUCCAGUCUGAGAGAGCUUGACCUGGGUGAAAAUGACCUACAGGAUUCAGGAGUUGAGCAGCUGUCUCCUGGAUUGAAGAGUCCACAUUGUAGACUAGAGACUCUGAGGUUGAUGCGCUGUCGGCUCACAGAUGAAGGCUGUACUUUUCUGGCAUCAGCUUUUAAGUCCAAUCCAUCCUACCUGAAAGAGCUGGACCUGAGUAAAAACACCCUGCAGGAAUCAGGAGCAAAGCUGCUGUCUGGUUUCCUGGAAAGUCCGCACUGUAGACUGGAGACUCUCAGAAUGGAAGAAGUGUAAAACUGGAGUGUGUCCAUCUGACAAAAAUGCAACUUUUCACUGGCCAUGACAUGUUGCUGACUCUGAGCCUGCCACAGUCACCACGUCACUACAACACCGCAGCUGUGCCUUAACCCCAGUCAGAGAUUUGUUGUGUUUGAAUCAGUUUUUCCAUGUAUUUCCUCAGAUGCCAGAAGACUAUUUUGACUUUAUACUGACUGCUCAUAUGUUUAGAGAAAUUCUUUGUCACAGUUAACUGUUCUUCCUGUUUAAAAAGUACUUGUUUCAGUAUGAAAAGCCUCUUUGUGCUUGCAGGAGGCAUGGUUAUUUCUGUGCUGUGGCAGAGGGACGUAACCGCAUUGUUGUAAGUACACCUGUUCAUUAGUUGGUGAUAAAACAUAUUAAUUGGUUUAAAAUGUACUUUGAAAUGUCUGUAUAUAGUCAGGUUAUAGUUAAUUUUUCUCAGUGCUUUUUUAGUUGACUUUUUGGGUGUAUAGAAUGCUGCCAGGUCUUCUCAGUUUGUUAAGAGAAUAGUUUGACAUUUUAGGAAAUAAUGCUUCUGUGCAUUAUUGCUUGGGUGGAAAGUAGCAAGAUAAGAAUAUCAAUACCACUCUUGAGCCUCUAUGUUAUAUAUGAAGCUACAGUAUUGGCUGGUUAGUUUAGCUUAGCACAAAUACGGAAAUAAGGAACAAAGGGAAACAGCUAGCCUGGACCUGCUCAGCAAUAAUUCCAGACAUCCAGCAGAGAAUCCAGGAAGUUACUGCUCCCAGCCAAGAAAUAUGAUACCUCCAUAAAAUAACAAUUUGUUGUUGUUAAGAUCACUUUUUGUACAGAUUGAACAAAUAAGAUAAUACAUAUUAAAGCAACAAAGAACUGAUUUGCAAUAGGGAGGCUUGGGCCUCUUUUAUUCCCACUCUGCGUUGUGAAUGCCUGUUCUCGCACUUUGGCAGUAACAAUAUCUGUUGCAGAGUGAAAAAGAUUAUAUGUAGUUACUUAAUAUAACUGUUGUUUCAGUGCUUUUUAACUUAUGUGUAUAGAUUUGUUUUAACAGACUUAAUUUCCUGGUCUAAUAUAUUUUGAAUAAGUCAAUCACAAGUUAGCAAGACAGAAAACCCUGUUCUUACCCACACACUGACCAAUGUGCUGCAAAGUAUAUUUGUUUGAUGUAAGUGAUGGGGGGGCAUUAAUAUUUAGUGCAUGAUGCUCUCAACACACUUACCUACACAAGGACACAACUGAGAGAAAGAGUUUUAUUUUCAAGCUUUUUUAGCCCCUUUCCAUAGGAAUAACCUUUACAGGAUCUCCCAAAACCCUUUGGUAGAUUUCCCUUUACAUUCUUUCAAAAAUAUUUCUCACAGUCAAACACAAGAAAACAACCAGCUAUGAGGCAAGUUUGAUGAGGUUUCAUCAUGUUAAUGGAAAUAGAGGAAAACAUCUUAAAUGGUAUCCAAAACCCCGCUUAAGAUGCUGCACAUAUCUGUAAGGUGGAGACAGCAAUAUGCAAGCUGUGCUACUUAGUAUAGGAACAAUAAAUAACUAAAUAACACACUCAAACCAAGAAACCCAGAGAAAAAUAAAUACAUUCAAAGUAAGAUCAAAUCAAAUUUCCCAAUACUUCCACAAUUAAAAAUAAAUGCUCACCUUAAGGUCAGAAACUGUGACUUUUGACUGCAGAUUUGAAAUACCUCUAUAGAAAGCUUGACAGUUUAAAAAAAAACCUUAGCUUAUGUGGAAGAUGAAUAAAACAAUGCCCUGAAACCCAUUUGCUGUAUAUCCUGAAAUAUAUCAUGUGCAUAUUCUGUUUCAGAGUAAAAUAUUUUAACUGACCAUGA